CUUCAGUCUACUUUUAAUUUUCAGUUUGUUUAUCGCGAGUUACGAACAUCGCAUAUACCUAAGCCCAGUUGCUCGUCACUUUUACAUUGAGAAGAAGUAUCGAUUCGGGCCCGGCUACCAUAACUACAUUAUAUCUCAAUUUCUCAAUCGGCGACGGAGACAUUCUUUUACAAUCAUGCACGUUCCAUUCUCAACGAUCAGCGUCACCCUCCUUCUCCCUGCCUCUGCUUUCGCUGGACUCUUAACGCCACCCUCUUCGACCCUCGACGUUGCGCGCCGUAGUGCCUCGGAAGAGCACUCGAUCCAAGCUCUUGAUGCUCGGUCCAUCCAUCCCUCCACAGGCGAUGAACAUCUUCCACAAUUAGAAGUUCGAGAUGAUGACGAUGAUGAAGAUGAGCGAGACCGAGACCACAACAACAACGAUGAUGAUGACGACGACAGUCUUCUAGACGAGGUCAAAGAUAAAGCUAGUGACGUCGGAGAUGACAUCAAAGAUGGCGCCAACGACAUCAAAGACGACGUGAAAGAUGAAGUGGACGAUGUCUUCGACGAUGGCGUGGGGAGUAUCCGACCUGGAAUCAUCCUGCCGGGACUAUUUGCUGCGAUUGUGGUGGCCGUGGCGGGGAUGUGAUUCGGAAUAAAUUGGAUGCUACUUGUGCUGGAGUGGCUGCGAGAUAGAGAUGGAGGAGGUGUUGCCUUUUCUGCCUUCUGUGUUAUGUUGUCGGAUCUGAUUGAGUGUAUUGAUAGA